AAAUUAACGAGGAAAAGAUCCUGAUCAAGGAUCCUACGAUCCUAUAAUUUCUCUCGUCUAAAUUCGAACGAAAUACAAACGAGUAAGAGGAAAUGGAUGAAGAGACGCAUAUAAAUCGGCGAAAAUGGUAGAGACGGACGGUAGCACAGGAUCCUGACGAGAAGAACCAGGUGCUGGCGCGGGGCGCGUGUCCAGAUUGGGGUAGGGGGCAGGUGGGCCCCCUGCAUUGUCAAUCUCUGCCUUUCUGUACCUCGUGGCUGCUUGCCUGGCUGCAUGUGUGAUCGUGUUUCCCGUGUCCCGACGAAGGGUUCCCCCGUGGACAAGGAGGAGCGCAGUUGUGUAAGUGUCACCCAUACGGCCAAACAGCCACGGGGCUUCGGAGGGUGCAGCCAACACAUAAUGAGGUUGUAUGCGGCAGAAGAGGGGUGCUCGGGAUGGCGAUGGGGAUGCCGUACCUUCGCUCACCUAGUCGAACGAGUGUACUCUCGCUCUAUUGUACGCGGAAAAGGCAGGUGAUGAGAACGGUCGCCACCACGCGACUCUGUUGUGCGCCGCGGUUCUCAUCGCGGGGAUCCUCGUGAUUCACGGAGUUAUAAAGUGCCGAUGAAAAUCGAAUACGAUUUUUAAAUAUUUUUCUAGAUUCGUUUUAUUAUUCUAAUUUAGACUAUUCUGAUCUAGACCUUACUCGAUUUCGAAGAAUUUUUAGAAAGAGGGAAGCGAAUUUUCAAUCGAUCGUCGUUAUUAAAUAUCUUCGAAGAAAACAAGAGAAGAGAAUAAAUUUGAUACUCAGUGAAUUUUGUAUACGAGAGAAGGGAAGAUACGAAGCGUUUAUAAUUAUGAACGAGGAAGAAGAAGAAGAAGAAAAUAAAAUUUGAGAAAUGGAAUCAUCAAAUCGGGGUGAGGAGAGGGAAUUGAGAACCCUUGCGAUCUCGCAGUAUAUCCCGGUAUUGCACCAUUGCACCACGGACUGCAGCGCGCAAAACACUUCUCCCCACUCGGUAUCGAUGGCCGUGCAGAGAGCACGUGCCAUCAGCUGUCUCCGCUGGACCACAGCUGAAGCGGAGGAGGCGCGCGAGCACAAUGAAACCGCAUGCAACGGUUCCGGUUCUUUCGGGAAUCAAGAUCGCAGACGAGUGAGGAUUCGUUUGUCCAGCGAAGAAAAACAAAAGAUGGCCGCUUCCUGCGGUCAAGUACAGCCGCCCUCGAGCACUUUGCUAAUAAGCGUUCGCCGAAAGCGACGCAGACCGAGGCCAAGGAUCGUGUUACAUCUCCGUUGAAAUGUUCAAGAGUGGCACUCUCGCCUUUUUAAACAACCUUGUUUCUUCCUCUCUGCGUUUCCAUGAGAUUCCUUCGGGCUGCACGUGUCAUGCCGUCCGCGUUUCCCUCUCGAGCCUAAUUUUCCUCGUACAAGUGCACCAAAUAAAUCCUCGCCUGUUGAUCCUUGAAAAUUAAUCUUCCAAAAAAAAAAAAAGUCUUUUUUCUCCUUAAAUCUUUUUUCUCCUUUUUUUACUGUAUCGUUGAGAUUUAAUUUUAUCAACGAAAGACGAAUUAUUGCUUGCGUCUUCAA